AUGCCCAAAGCCCGCGCCAACUCGAAGAAGGCGGCACCGUCGACCGCCAAGCUCGCCGCGUCCGCCGACGCCGACAAGCCGCUCUUCGAGAUUGACACCACCGGGUCCUCGUCUGUCCGCCACACCCUCCUCGCAGACCAGGCUCCCGCAGCUGCCAGGCUCCGCAAGGGCCAGUCCUUCAAGAAGCCGCUCCGCUCGGAGCUCAUCCUCGCGCAGCGGUCGAAUGUACCCGCUCUCUCGAGCAAGGUGGUGCCGUCCGCCGAAGCGCAGGCCAAGCGCGUCAAGGCCAAGUUGGGCAAGGUCGACAGGGCUACGAAGGAGAAGUUGAAGCGCAUGACGGGCCGCGACGGACAAGGAGAGGGCUUGUGGGGUCUCAAGUCGACUGGAGACCGCGAGGAGGCGGUGUCGGGCGCCGUGAGGGACGCCGGGAAGUACGAUGCGUGGAAGGCGGAACAAGAAGCAACGGGAGACGACGAGGAUGCCGCCAUGAAGGAGGUCCUGGCCAUUCACGACCCCAAAACACGGCCGGCUCCCAAGGCUCCUACAUCUCUGCACUCUCACACUUUGCUGUCCACGGCCCAGCCUCGCUCCGUCGCCAUCCCUCAUCCCGGCAUGUCCUACAACCCCGCUCACGACCACCACCAAGCACUCCUCGCCUCCGCUCUCGUUCGUUACGAAGCCGAAGAAGAGCGAGACGAGCGUGGACAGGACGCGAAGGAGGCGCUGGAUGAGAUGCGGCGGUUGGCGAGGGGCCGAGAGGCGUGGGAGGUGUACGAGGAGGAAGUGGGUUCGGGCGAGGAGGACGAGGAGCUUGCGAUCGUCGACCCCGAGGCGCAGGCGUACAAGGAGCUGCUGAAGCGGCGGGCGGCGAAGCGCAAGACCAAGGCGCAGCGAAACACCAAGUUGCGCGUGACGGCGGAGAUGCGGGACCUCGCCGACCGACGGGCGAUGAAGAAGCGCAUCGCGUCGGUCCAGCACGCGAAGGACGUCCAGGCCGAGAUCCUCGCGGCGAAGAACCUCUCGCUCGAGGAGAAGGCCGCCGCGCUCAAGGUCCGCAAGGCCCGCCUCGCAGAACGCGGACUCGCACGGUACCGCUCCGGCCCCUCGAGGGUACCCGACGCACCCGUCACCUUCCAGCUCGGCGACGAGUUGGCGGAGAAUCUGCGGACGCUCCAGCCCGAGGGCAACUUGUGGAAGGAGUGGGUCAACAGCGGGAUGCGGAGGGGAAAGGUGCCUGUCGAGCGGGCGAACGAGUCGAAGAAGGGCGGUAAGCGUGGCGGGCGCGGACACGACAAGGGCCACGGCAUGCGCGAGUUCGAGAAGCACGCGUUCAAGCGCUUCGACUCGCUCUCAUAG